AUGACUUCUUCAUCCUCAUCUCUCCUUCGCCAUGGCAUUUACCGAAAUCUCCCCCAGUUUGAUCCCUCUUUGAAGGGGCUUUCUGCCAUCAUCACCGGAGCGAACGGCAUUUCUGGCUUCAACACCGUGCGGGCUCUGCUUGACAGUCCGGAGCGCUGGCCCACCAUCUUUGCCCUCUCGCGCAAGCCUCCACCCCAGGAUAUGAUGGACCUGCUCACACCCGAGGCGCGAUCUCGGGUCGAGUUCGUCUCAUGCGACUUCCUCGAUGACCCUUCCUCAAUCGCUGGCAAGCUCAAGUCAGCCGGCGUUCGCGCUGAUCAUGUCUUUUUCUACUCCUACAUCCACAGGGAUUGGUCUCAAGCUCAGGCCCUGGUUGAAGACAACGUCACUCUGCUGAAGAACUUCCUUGACGCACUGAAGCUGGCGGGCAUCAAGCCCGACCGUUUCAUGCUGCAGACUGGGGGCAAGAACUACGGCAUGCACAUUGGCCGUGUCCGGACGCCCCUGGUCGAGUCGGAUCCCCAGCCGAGACAUCUUCAACCCAACUUCUACUACCCUCAAGAAGACCUCGUCAAGUCCUUCUGCGAGAAGAACGGGUCGGCGUGGAAUGUCAUAAGACCAGCCGCCAUUAUCGGAGCAUCAUCCCACGCAUCGAUGAACACAUUCUACCCCUUUGCUAUCUACGCUGUCGUCCAGGCACACAAGGGUGAGCCUCUUGUCUUUGGAGGCGACUGGGAGCAGUGGCAGUACGAGUACUACCACUGCACAGCUCGGAUGACUGGGUACUUGACCGAAUGGUCGGUCUUGAAUGCCGAUUGCGCCAAUCAAGCCUUCAACACCCAGGAUGGAGGCCCUUUUAGUUGGGAGCGCUUCUUCGCCGAGCUUGCUCGCUGGUUUGGUGUCAAGGGAGUAGUCCCGCCGCCUGAUGAAGAGUUCAAACUCAAGAAGAUCGAUGGAAGACCUGGAAAAGAGUCGCCGCUGGGAUAUGGUCCUCCGUUGUCAUCCAAGUCCAGUUUCACGUUGCUGGAGUGGGCCCAGAAGCCGGAGAACAUUGCAGCUUGGCGCGAAGUCAUGGAACAAUCAGGCGGAAAGAUCACUCAUGAUCCGUUCGAAAGUCCUGAUGACUUCUUCAUUGGCGACUUUGCUUACCUGCGGUUUGGGAGUAUGUGCUUGAACAAGGCUCGUAGGUAUGGAUGGACCGGCUUCGUGGACACUCUGGAGAGCAUCUUCGAGAUGUACCACGAGAUGGAGAAACUUGGUAUGCUGCCGAGUAUGCAAGUCGAGGCUGCUCGUCCUUUGGGUUGA